AAUUGAAUGAAAAGCGCGUCCAAGUCAACAGAGGCGUCUGUUAGGCUGCAAUAGGUGGUGGAAGACGCUAUCCCUCGAUCCUCUUUUUAGAGCGACCUCCCUCCCUAUCCCCCUUCUUCAAUCUUGAUUUCACUCUCUCUCUCUCUCUCUCUCUACCGGAGUACAAUGAUCGAAAGCAACGGUUGGCCGGUAGAUUACCAUCAGAGUCCCGAACCUGCCUACGCCCUCAGCGGCAAGAUUAUGCUCAGCGCCAUUGUUAUAUUGUUCUUCGUUGUUAUCCUCAUGGUCUGCCUCCAUCUCUACGCCCGCUGUUACCUCCUCCGCGCAAGUCGCCGCCGUCGCCAGACCCAACUCGUUUUUUAUGUGGACUCCGAUAACCCCAACCACGCCGCCACCACCGUCUCCACCCGCGGCCUCGACGCUUCCGUGCUCAAUUCUCUUCCGGUUUUCCUUUACUCCUCCAAGACCCACCCGGAGCCAACCCCUGAUUGCCCUGUUUGCCUCUCCGAUUUCGAGGAGAACGAGAAGGGUCGGACCCUACCCAAGUGCGGCCACACCUUCCACAUUGAAUGCAUCGACAUGUGGUUCCAGUCCCACUCCACUUGCCCACUCUGCCGGUCCGCGGUUGAACCUGGCCAAGAAUCUGAAAGCCCGGACGAAGUCGUGCUUGCCGUCGGUGGACCUGAGAGAAUUGAUGCAGGUUCGAGUUCGGGGUUGUGCUCGGAUUGUGAGCACGAGUAUGAGCAAGUGGGUCAGCCUUCGUCGUCUAUCGCGGCCCGGAGAAAACCCAUGGAGUUGGUGGGUGUCUCCAUUGAGGUCCCAAGGAGGAACGAAAGCUUCGGGGACGAGUCGAACUCCCCAGCGAGUCAAAGAGGUUUCAAAUCGCCGCUGAGUCGCAUGUUGUCAUUUAAGAGAAUACUCGGCAGAGAUAAGAGAGCGAGUGUGUCACCGACCUCAGCAAACGCAGCGAGCUGUAGUUCGGCGACCGAGCCUGAUAUUGAGCGAGGAGCCGUCGAUGAUAGCCGGCAAACGCAGGUCUGAAUCGGAGGAGCAAAGGACAUUCGUUGACUACCAGUCCCAAGUCUGUGGUCUUACACGUGGCAAAACAUCAUUUUGGCACAACUUUCUUGUAGUCUUGGGUCGACAGAUAUUUUUUUGUUUUUACAAGAGACCGAGAAUUUUCUCAUUUGAUUGAUAUUUUCUUUUUUAAUUUUUAAAAAAGAAAUAUAUAAAAGUACUUUUUAUUUGCCAAGUUGAAUUUUAUUUUUAUGUGCUCAGUGAAUUACCACUACUUGUAUUGAUUCUUGCAAAAUUGUACAUGAAAAGUACUUUGGAAGUUGAUUAA